AUAACAUUCGUUCCGCUGCAAUAGCAUAUCGGAUAAGGGGCAUAUGUACGCGUCAGAAUAGAUAUAUUUACUGAGCUUGAUUCCUAUUCAGAUUGGUGGUUUCGUGUGAGAGGCUGCUGCUGCUGCUGUCUGAGAUCCAAGAGGAGGCGGCAGGCGGAGCAGCUCAAAGGAGUCGGGUAAUCGUCAACGUCGCCAACUCGUCUGAUGGAGUCUUAUUGGCCAGAGACACCUGGGGUACUGGUCUGCCAGCAGGGGGCGAUGAUUAGUUGCCCCGAGCAGGGGACAUGGGGCAAUUGAAGGGCCCUGGCAGCAUGACGGGGGAAACGCUGCACCUGUCGGGGGAGCUGCGCAUGCCAGCCGGCGCUGCUCUCCCGUGCAAGGACGCCAUCUUCCCUCCGCCGACCCCGGCUUCUCCGGCCAUCGGAGGGGCCGCCGCCAUCGUCGCGGCCGAUGACGACGACGCCGGUGGCGGCGGGGACGCGGCGGUGGUGGUGGCAUCGCCUCGGCGUAGCGGGGUGCCUUCCCCAUGGCGGAGCGGGGGGCUGCCCUCCUCGGCCGGGCUGCACCCCCUGCACCACGCGUGCUUCCACGGGGACGCACGGCGCGCCCUCGCCGUGCUGGCCGGCAACCCAGCAGCACUCACUCAGAGGGACCCGCACGGAAACACUGCCCUGCACGUCGCCGUGAUGCUGGGCAAUCGAGACUGCACGAGGGUUCUGCUGGCUCACAACGCUCCGGUCAAGUCCCGGAACGCACAGGGAUGGAGUCCCCUGGCCGAGGCCGUGAGCCUGGGACAUCGGCAAACGAUCGCGUCGCUCGUGAGGAAGUACAAGAUGCAGUCGCGGGAGAGCGCAGAAAUCCGCAGGCCUCGCCUCCUCAAGGCCAUGCAGGAACUCGGAGACUUUUACCUGGAGGUUCACUGGGACUUCCAGAGCUGGGUGCCACUCGUGUCCCGAAUGCUGCCGUCGGAUACGUGCAAGGUCUACAAGCACGGAAGCAACAUAAGGAUGGACACGACGCUGAUCGAUUUCAGCGACAUGAAGUGGCAGCGGGGUGACCUCAGCAUCUUGUUCGGCGGAGAGACGACGUCGAGCCAAGCGUUCACCGUGCUCGACAACAGCAGUCGCGUGUACCAGCGCAUCCAGUACAAGGACGCUGAGGUGGACACGGAGGAGGAGGUGGAUGCUCUGAUGAGUCGCGACAUCGUGUCCAUCACGAUGUCCACCAAGAACAUCGGCUUCCACCGCGCUCACUCUGGCUGGCUCUUCUCCAAAGGAAAAACGGAGCGAGUGGGGGACUUUGUAGGGGAGCUCUUCUCCAUCUCGGGGCUGUGUCUUGUGUCGAGGAAGCGCCGUGAGCAUCUCACGGAGAGCGACGUGCAGCGGAACAAGGCCCUGCUCGACAGCCUACGGCAGGGGGGGGCGCCCCCCCACCCCCCCGCCCUGCCCAGCAAACGGGACUCUUUGGCUCCGCCCCCAAGCUGCACCGUCCAAUGGGAAGACUACAUCGCAGCGGAGCCUGGAAGGCCUCCGGUGCUUGCUCGGCGUCCCAUUUGCAAGGAGACCAAGAAGCAUUUCCGCGCCACGGUGGCGAUGUGUCCCGACUUCCCCGUCAACCUCCACCUGCUGCUCAAUGUGCUGGAGGCCGUGGCUCCAUUCAAACACUUCAGCAAACUGCGACAGUUCGUGGAGAUGAGACUGCCCCCUGGCUUCCCCGUCAAACUGGACGUGCCGGUGUUCCCCACCGUGAGCGCCACCGUAACGUUCCGAGAGUUCCGCGCCCAGGAAUCCUUCCCGCCGGAGCUCUUCCUCGUGCCGCACGGAUACACUGAGGAUCCGGCACACUUCCCCGACCUCUGAGAGAAACAGCUCCACUCCGUCCCACCCUCCAUUCCUCCAUCCCUCCCCCUUUCCCUCCCUCUUUCCCUCCAUCCCACCCAUCCUCUGCACAUCGCUGGCUCUCUCUCUCCUGUCUCUUUCCUGUCCAUCUCCUCUCUCUCCCCUCUCUCGUCUCUUUCUCCAGUCUCCUAUCUGUCUCACCCCCCUGCCCGCCACUGGCCUCUGACGCCUGCCACGUUGCCCGUCAUCAUGACACAAACACAUUUCCUAAAAUGAGAGAGACAUUUCCCAAAACCCUCGUUAAAAUUACACGAAAAAUUAAGCGAACAAAGUACGCCGAUUUCCCAUAUCCGUCCCUCCACGUUACAAAAGUUACAGGCAUGGUAAUUAAGUAUAUUAUUUACGUAUCCCAGAAGGCCAUUAUUUCACCAACAUUGUUUCGGGGUUCGACAACUCUGGGUGGCCCUCCUCCUCAUCCUGAACCUGCGACCCCCUCUCCCUGCCACACGAGUCGAUAUCGCCAGACGUCGGGCGUCCAACAUUUCGCUUCACGUGCCCCAGGGUGCUUCCGUCAGGAGCGGCAAUGUGACAACGUCCGGCACGUGGAGCGAAACUGUCGGGCGUCACGCCGAAUGGUACACGCAGCGCGACCGCAGCACUACCGAAGCACGACCGCAACACUACGUAGCGCUACCGAAGCACAACCAUAACACAUACCAUAGUAUAACCGCAGCACGACCGCAAAACUACCGCAGCGCUACCGCGAACGCCCACGCGGUGUUUCCUGUCUUCCCAACGUCUCUCUUCUGUCUCUCUUUUACUCGCCUAACCCAGGAUGGGAGGGGGGGCUCUCCUCUCCGACGGAGAGCCAGAUGAAUUUCAUUGCGCUGCAACCUACGCAACGCGCUGUGUCUCUGUGUUUGUGUCGCGGCCCCCGAGCGCGAACACCUUUGUGCGUAAACCCCUUCGCGUUGUUCAGAGAUAACGAGAAGUGUCCCUUUCUGCGCGUCGACCGAGCCGAGAGAUCCUCGCAGAGACAGAAGCAAGUAAAUUAUAAACACGUUGGCAUUGCCGGGUAGAAAAUAUCCGACCCCCCCCCCCAAGUACUCAAUGAGUGCUGCUCAGGCUGAUGGACAUCGGUGUUCGCGGGCCAUUUCCAAGUGGUAGGCCUCUUGUUGCCGUGGGCCGUGUGAAGUCAUGGGCCGUGUGAAGUGAAGUCACGGGCUGUGUGAAGUGAAAUUACGGGCCACGUGAAGUGAAGUCACGGGCUGUGUGAAGUGAAGUUACGGGCCACGUGAAGUGAAGUCACGGGCUGUGUGAAGUGAAGUUACGGGCCGUAUGAAAAUAUACGGUAAUGCUAAUGGGGCGAAUGGGCCAGGACAAAUGGGACAGAAAUAUAGUGAGAAACGACACAAAGAGAAACAGACAGAGUGAAACAAAAACAAGACUUCAGGAAAAAUUAGGUGGAUGAUAAAAACAAGACGGUUCAAACGAGUUGGACAACCCCAGUGGACAUGAUUAACGAGAUGUAGACAUUCCAAACAAGUCGGUACAGAUGAGAUGGACGAUACAGAUGAGACGCACUUAAUGAGACAGACUGUCUCGUUAAGGAUUGGGGGGGGGUUGAGUUGCGUGACCCGCACACCAGCAUUUAAUGACGAAGAGUGUCCGACUAAAUGUUUAUGACUGCUGUAGCCGACUCGACUAAGAAAUGAGUAAACAUGAACUUCCGCUGAGCCUCGACUAGAACUCCACAGGCCGCAAUGGCCGUCGGCAAUGAAACCGACGACUCGAUUGCCAUCGCCCGUCCCAACUGUGCGAGUCUGGAGAUUUAACCAAAUGAUUCGGUGCUGUUGCUGCUGCUGCAUUGGCAGUGAUGCACAAGCACAAACAACAACAAAAACAAACGCAGCUCUAUACACUCGUCAAGAACAACAAUGUGUGUGUGUGUUGCCUUUCGAAAGGGAGAGAAUAUAAUUAGGUGAUGUUUUGGGCAAUGGUUCCUUCGUCACAGUGUCACAGCACGUGGAGAGAGAGAGGCGAAAGUGUGUGUCGAGUGGUUUGUGUCAUUUGCGAAAGGGCGAGGUCUGGGAAUGCUGACGCGUGACAUUUUAAUCGUUGUGCUACAAAAACAGUAAUCCAAUAACAGUUGCGAAUUAGUCGGCAAUGCAAAUAGUAAAUAUGAUUCAUCAUCUUUGGGGGCUAGAUCCUCAUGUACGUGUAAUGUAAUUUUUCUAACAAUAACCCUCCACCACCUGACCGGCAAGGCCAAUCAAAUCCAGUUUGUGACAGCGUUGACAAAAAUAUCGGUCGUUAUCAAAUGUUUUACGAAAGGCGUUUCGGGAGAAGACGUUUACUUUCUUAGAGCGAUUUUAACAUAUGACAAUUAUUAUUCCAAGUGGUAUCUUUUAAACGAAAUUACGUUUGGAUACGACCAGACUUUUAUUUUUUAAAAGAACAAUUUAACGGAUGACAAAAAACAAGUGGUGUCACCCGUCGAACAAAUAUCCCGGACCAGCAAAAUUAAUUUUAGCGUGUCCAGCAUGGUGCUGAGUGUAUUCUGGUGAUGCGAUGACCACAUUCCAGCGAGAGGUGUUACCGGCGGUAACUCAAUAACCCACAUUCACGCUUUUAAGAUAUCCCACGCGGAGGUUUAUUGGAAUGCCUUGCGAAUCGAUUUCAUUCAUCGUAAUCGAUUUUGUUGGGGUCAGAUCGCCGCGUGAGCAAGAUCCCAAUGUUGUGUCAUCCACAACAACAAUAAAGUUGUUACGUGAACAAAC